AUGUCAAUUGAUUCUUCUGCCUCUGAUGUACAGAGCUUGAAUGCAGCGGCUCAAGUGGUAACAUCUAUGGCACACUUGGAGUUGCAUCCAUCUGAUCAACCUGGUAUGAGCUUGAUUACUACCCAGCUCAAUGAUACUAACUACCUACUGUGGAGUAGGGGGAUAAUGCGUGCCCUGAUUGCAAAAGGAAAAGAAGGUUUUAUCACGGGUAAAAUCUCUAAGCCAAAUGAUGUAGCCUCAGCCAUUGUUUGGAGAAAGACUGACAACAUGAUACUACAAUGGAUCCUCAACUCUAUUGCAUCUCACUUGACUGAUGCCUUUGGAUAUGUGAGCACCAGUCAUGAACUGUGGGAAUACGGCCAGUGCAACGGCCCCCUAAUCUAUCGUCUUCGAAGGGAAAUCUCUGGCUUAUCUCAAGGUGGACUGAGCUUGGUUACCUACUUCACAAAAUUGAAGAAACUAAAGGAUGAACUAAGGUGCUUGGCUCCCAUGCCUGAGACCAAAAAUGAGAUGGAUGAAUACAUCAACAAACAAGACAUCAUUGAUUACUUGAUGGGGUUAAAUGACUCUUAUGAUGCUGUAAGAAGUCAGAUUCAGAUGAUGGACCCCCUCCCAUCUCUCAACAAUGUGUAUGGAAUACUAUCAAAUGUAGAAAAGCAACAGAAAAUACAUGGUAUGCUUCAUGAAACACAUCCCACUAUAUUGAUGAGCUUUCACAAGCAUGCUGUUAAAGUUACAGAUAAGAGAAAGAUUGACAAAAGAAGCAUAAUCUGUGAACAUUGCAAGAAGACAUGUCACAACAAGGAUACAUGUUUCAAGCUAAAUGGAACACCUGACUGGUAUAAGGCCAUACAAGAAAGGAGAAAGAGUGAAAUGAAGGGAGCUUACAUUGUCACAGAGCAACAGACUGCAAUGCAAGUUGCUGAUGACAGUGGUUCUUCUGUCUUCAAUCCAUUGCUAUCCACCGAUUCCCUAGCCGAGUUAAUCCAAAGAGAAAUUCAAAAGGCCUUUAUGAAGGCCAAAACUCCACCUGAUCAUUUGAACAUGCUUGAGGUGGAGCAUGCUGGUAAGGAGUUUAUGAAUCUUUAUACAGACUUUGAUGAUAAAUGCUUAUGGAUUCUUGACUCAGGUGCUACAUGUCAUGUGAGCAAUAACUUAUCUCUUUUUAAACACUUAAAACUCUUGAAGAAGCCAGCUAAGAUUCACUUACCUAAUGGAACAACUUAG